GCCAUUGGCUUCGAGAUUUUAUUUCCAGUCGGUGGUUCAAUCCCUUACAUUUUCCAAUACUCGGAAAUACACCAUCGACGGAACGCCCAGGGCUUCUCACUGUUCGUUUGCCUGGCGUUAUGCAUUGCGAACAUCCUCAGGAUAUUGUUCUGGUUUGGCAAACGAUUCGACCUUGCGUUGUUAGCGCAAAGUGUAGUGAUGUUCAUUUGCAUGAUCUUAAUGUUGGAGAUCGCCGUCCGAAUGAACAAGAAGCACACACCAAAAUCUCAACAGAAGUCAUUAUUGAGUGGGUUGUUUUUACUUGAGAAAUCGAUAAUAAUUGCUGAAAUCAUGGAUAUGCAAUACUUGAAAAUGCUCACUUGUCAAGUAGAGGCUGAAGAAAGGCAACCAGCAGAAAAGAAAGGAACACGAAACGACGCCAAGAGUCUUCGCGAUGCGCUCAUGCGUUCGCAGCACUCGUCGCUGAUGCUCCACCAUGCCGCUGUUCUUCCCGAAAUGAACCCG